UUUACUAGUGCCGGACACGAUGGGCUGCAGACACACCGCGGUCGAUGUACCGGACUCGCGAACGAUCCGACGGAGACAUGGUGUUCAAAGGUGAGAGACGACCGAAAACUUUUACUAUAAUAAUAUAUAUAUAUAUAUAUAUAUAUACGUGUCUGCGAGUGUGCGUGUGCGUGCGUGUGCGUGUGCGUACCCAUAUAGGAAUCUAGCGUCUAAAAUGGGUAAAAAAAAAAAAAAAAAACAAAAAAUCUAAAGAAUAAAACUUCUUAUACGCGUGAUAGUAUGAUGUACAGCAGGUACAUUCCGCGUGUAGUUCAUACACUCACCUGCUCCGGGAAACCGUUUCAUACGAAAUACCUUAGAAGCCGCUUAUUAGGAACACUUUGGCACCGAGGUGAAACGUGUCAAUUAACCGAUUGUAUCAAUUAUCAGUGUUCCUAAUAAGCGGCUUCUACUGUGUAUCGAUACGGCCGUAUUAUAAUAGUAUAGAAUAAAAUUAAAAAAAAAUAAUAAUAAUAAAAAAUUGUCGCGUAAGUUCGUUUGUUUGUCGUUUAUUUUUUAUUUUUUUUUACUUCUGUACUCAUUACCUGUACGCAUACUUAUAUGGCGUAUAUAUAUAUAUAUUAUUUUGUUCACAGUGUAAAUAUUGCAUUUCGUCGGUUUUUUUUUAUUUUUUUUUUUUUUUACGCGUACAUAAAGGGUCUGGAAAUCGUAUUGUAGCGGAUUUCCCAACAGGUGACACGCCGCCACCGCCGCCGCCGUCACCUGUGCGAUUGCGACAAUAUAUUUUUACGACAAUGUUUUCUAUUCGUCGGGGGGAGGGAGGGGUGGUGGGGGGCGGUAAACAAAAUUAAAAAUCGCGCGUUUAUACGAUAAAUAUUUUAAUAUAUCGGUUAUUAUUGUUUUUCGAUGUCAGUCGACGAUCGACGGCGUAUACGAGAGGUGAACCACCGCACGAUAAUUAACAAUAUACUGACAUACGAAAACGCGUGCUUUUUUUUUUAAUUUUCAUUUUUUUUCCCGCGAGCUUUUCCCCGCUUCUCGUCGUGUCGCGUCCUCGCGAAAUGGUGUGGAUUUUCGGUAAUUAUAUUACAGGCAAUAAGACUAAUAAUAUUACAGUCGUUGUACCGUAUCGAUCGUCCGUCGCAGUUUAUCUCGUAUACUUGUAAUGCAAAAAUGUUUCGUAUACGGUACAAACGAAACGCUAAAAACGAAACUAAAAAACCCGAACGCUCACCGUCACUUACUUAACACAAAUGCGGGGCACAUGGCUGCGGCAAAGUUAACGAAUGCAACAGUACUAUAUAAUAUUAACUCUGUUAAGUUUAUCGAGUCAAUUGAAAUUACAAAAAAAAAGUUAACUAAAGUCGUCGACACGGUUAAAAGUCAACAGUGCUGUUUUAUUAAUAUUAUUACGAUACCUGCUUCGCAGUAGAGUUAGUCGAGUCAAUUAGAAAAUGUAAUCAACCGAUUAUAAGUCGCGGAUCGAGUUUGUAUAUUUUUUUUUUUUUUAUAUAAAAUCAUUAUUGUCGAUAUUUCGCGAAAACGAUUGAAUUCCGAUUUUUUUUUUUGUAAAAAAAGAUCGUCAACGAUACGUUCCGGAAACAUGUGAUUUCCGGGGGAUCGAAUUAUUAUUUCGACGACCACAUUAUCGAGAAAUGUACGAUGAUAAAUUCGAAUUGAAACCGUUAUUCAUAUUUUCGUGUAACUAUAGAUACAUGCAUCAAAUAGUGAAAUAUUGUAAUUGUGUUACUACGAUAUUGCAAUGGACUGAAAUCGAUGCGUAAUAUUUCGUUAAGUUUGUACGAGAAGACAAAAACAUAAUGCGUUUAAUUUGAUUGAAAAAAAAAUUAACUUGAAUACCUUAUAAAAUAAAUUAAAACUGUUUACUUUUUACCUCUUUAACGCCCCCUUACAGUAUUUUGUUUAGGUUACCGUGUAUACUGUGUACUUGAGAUUAUUUUCACUCCCUUUUUACUCCUGUUUUCGGUCAAAAAUGUAUAUUAUAGUAGCGGUUUAACGAUGUCGUCAUUAAAACACGGAAUAAACACAAAACACAAAAAAAAAAAACCCGUGGGUUUUAUACUGCUUCUGUAUAUUAUACGAUCGAGUGUUUUUAUUAUUUUUUUUUUUAUAAUAAUGCAUUAUAUUAUCGUACUAUUUCACCGAAACGAGUUAUCGAGAUUAAAAACACCCCCAGAGCACCGUUUCGGGUGUCCUUCAGGUUUCGGAUCCUGAACGGAGCGAGGAACGUAUCGGUUGGUUUUACUAUGUGCCUACAAUGACGUGUGCGACUUUUUAUUCGUUAUGUCUGUGAAUAAAUUUUCCACCAGAAAUCUUGCUCCGGUGGAAAAUGACGAGAGGUUUGUUUGAAUUGUCCAUGUGGUUUUCAUGAUAAUUUCAGCUAGGGAACAACCGGAAAAUAAAAAUGGAUAAAUUUACAGUAUCGUCGAAUUGAUUAAUUUAAAUAUUAACGAUUUUUCUACAUUUUCAACCAUACGAAUAUCAAGAGUAACGUAUUUUCUAUAAGGAAAUUUGUAUAGUUAGUGUAUAUGAUAGCGUUUUUCGAUCUUUCGUUAGUUUUUUUAAUAAUUUGAGUAAAAACGGGAAAGUUUACUGCAUAACGGUUUCUAUUAUGUUUUUUAUUGUAAAUCAAAUGCUUUAAACCAAUCUUAGAGAGCUUAGAUUUUCAGAUAAUACCUAUAUUAGCCUUAUCUAAACGUGGUGCAAUUUUCUGAAAAUAUUCUGACGAAUUUUAAGCUCUUUAUAGGCAUAUUACAUUUUGGAGAUGUUUAGUUUCUAUUCGAUAGGUUUACCAAUGUUUGACCUAAUAAAAUUACUUAAUACGAAGUUCAUUGCUUAGUGGUAGAAAAAAAAAUUGAGCGUAAUUUCGAAGAUCCUGUAAAUUUUUAUCGGUUUAAAUUUUGAUGAAAAUCAUAAAAUUACGGCAAUUCAAAAGAUUUUUAACCGGAUUUAGCUUAGAAUCGUUUUUCGUUAACAAUAGUCUAUCGUUGAGUACGCGUGUGUUAGUCAAAUGACUUAAUGUUUUCAGUCUUCCCAACUUCCCAUCCACAACAACAAUGGCAUACCCGUCCAACCGAUCAUUUCGUUUUGUUUUUUUUUACUGGUUUUGUACUAUUUGAUUUUGUUGUUAUUAUUUUAAAAUUGCCGUAGCAAUCAAUCCGGAUACUCCUCCUCCCCCUUCGAUAUCCACCACUGAUUUCUGUCUGCUGCGUUUGCUGUAUAUUUCACAUGACAAUCGACUGAAUUGUGCAUUAUAAUAAUACUAAUAAUAAAUAUAUCGCAGUAAUUAUUAUUGUCGUCGCUGUAUUACUAUUUUAUUGCACGUCAUGUUUCGACUGCAUGUGCGAGUAUCAGUCGACACCUUGCGUUUUAUCGCGGGAUUUUCACUAUGUAUUAUAAUUGGCAAAACUACGCGGGUAUAUUAUAAUAAUACAUCGGAAUAAUAACGUCUAAACUCUUUGGAAUAAUAUUAUCGAAGGAAGUUUUUUGUUUUUUUGUUUUUUUUUUUUUUUUAUGAAUGAAUUUUAAAACGCAUCGGGGGUCUUUUUUUAUAGCACGGUCAUCUGCACAGGACGCGAUACAUAUUAUACACGUCUACGCUGUUCGACGUAUUGUCACACGAUAAGCAUUAUCUGAUUUAACAAUAGUAAUUGUGUUUUACGUUUUAUUGGUUUUUGAAAAACUGACCGAUUUAUUACCAGGGCCAGUCUAGAAAUGGGAAUUUUUCAGAUGACCUGGAUGUAUUAUGAUCUAAUGGCCUAAGCAAUGUACAAGCAAGCAUUAAAUACAAAAUUAAAAAAUAUAAACUAAAAACUAUAAACAUUAAUUAAAAUAAAACCAAAAACAGUGACAUUUUUUUUACAAAAAUUCAUUCAAUUUACGAAAAUAAUACUUUAAUUAUUUUUAAUUUUAUUAUUUGUUGUAAUUCAGUUGAAAGUAUUCGCAGAGACUUAAAAUUUUGACGGCAAACUUAUAUUUGUCUUUUUUAGACAUGGUAAAAUUUUCAAAACAUUUGAACUUUUACUUAAAAUUCCGUUAAAAAUAUUCGUAUGGAUUUUAUAGACUUGAAAUGUUGUCACAAAACAUAAAUUUUCUUUUUCUAAACGAGAUAAAAUGUUUAAAAAACUUUAGCCAUUUUUAAGCUAUUUAUAGUUUGUAGUUUAUUUAAAUUUAAAUUUUGAGAGUUUUUUUUUACGUAAUUUUUAUUUAGUAAGUACUCUGUUGUAAAAUUGUUAGACUAUACAAAAAUGUUUAAACAUUUAACAGGAGAUUCAUUAAAAGUCGUAUUUUGUGAUAAAAAAAAAAUAUAUAUGCUUAAUACAGUAUUUUUUUAUAAAGGAAUUUUAAUAUCGAAUGUUUACGCAAAUUAUUUGAAUAAAAAAUUAUGUGAAACAAAACUAAUUUUUCAAUUUUUAGUUUUAAACAUAUUAUCUAUAUUGCCGAUUUAAAAACGAUCAUGAAAUCAAAAAUGAAUGUAUUGACUUAGUUUCGAAAUUAUGUAGCUUUUUAUAGUUCUGAUAUUUUACGGAUAUUAUAUUAUGUCAAAAUAUUCCAUGAUUCAAUAUUAUCAAUUUUACAUAAUUAUCAUAGUCUAAUGGUGCUAUGUAUCUGUUGUUAUUCUAGAGAUUGUGAUUUAUCAAACCCGUGUUCUGAAAAAAAUGUUUUGCAUUUGUUGUUUCUCUGUUACCAAAACAGGGAAAAAACAAACGUAUAUUAGGUGUACCUAGAAACCCAAACCAUCACUCGCUGGGACUAUAUUUUAAUCAAAAAAUACCUCUCGAUUUGUUGUGCAAACUUUUCUACCAGAAAUCUGGCUAUGAUAUAUCAGGUGUAGCACUUUUCCUGAAAGAUAAUUUUAUCUUUAUAAUACUUUAAGGAGGACAUUUUUUGAUUUUCCAAGUGGUUUUCAUAAUAUCUAAGGAAAACUGGGAUAGAAUGUUGGAAAAACGGUAAAAUUUACGAAAAUAAUGCAUUUAAAAUUCAGUUAAAAAUAUUCGUAGUGGCUUAAAAUUUGGACAGAAAACUUAUACUUGCUAGUUUUUUGCUACUUUUACUAGUAAAACUGUAAAAAUAUUUAAACUAUUCUUGAACUUUAAAAUUGUUAGACUUAAUAAAAACGCUUAAAAAUUUAAUAAGAAAGUUCAUUAGAAGUCGAUCUUUGUGUUCAAAAAAAAAAAUUGAAUUGUAUGUAGUAUUUUUUUUUUAAUAAGAAUUUUAAAAUUAAAUUUGACGAAAAUGAGUUUAGUAAAAACUUAUGAGGAACAAAUCUAGUUACUGGUCUAUACUAAUUGUUAUAAUAUAAAAUAUAUUUUACUAUAAUAUUACAUACUUAUAUGUUGUUGAAAAGCAAUACUAUAAACCAAGCUCUGCCCAGAAUUGUUUUUCGUUAGCAAUAAUUUAUCUAUGCUUACAGAUAUACAUUAAAUUUCCCUCUAUAUAUCCUACAUUUCCAAUCCUCUCACUUACAUCAAUAGUCCAUCCGUCGUGCGAAGUAUGUCCGUUUUUUUUAAAUUGAAUUCAUUUACUUUUUAGUCCAAAAAAUCAAAAAAGGUUUAUAAAACACAUUUUUCUUGUUUUAAACGAAAUCUUUUCGAACCGCUACAAUAUUAAUUGAGUUUAGAUUAGUAUCUAAACAGUAAAUGAACAAAUAAUAAUUACUAAUACAAUCUAGUUAUUUGACCUCAAUUAUAAUUUUAUGGCAGAAUAAAUUAUAAAUUACUUACGAAAUAAAUAAAAAAAAUUAUCUUUUUUUAGUUUACGUUGUACAAUGUACACGAUCAACAAAAUGAGACAACUUCCAAAUUCAAUAUCUUCAUAUUUGGAAAAAACAUAAACACGCCACUGAUUUGUAUAAAAAUGUACGAUAAUAUCGUGACGCGAGCGACGACGGUUUGAUUAUUCUGUUCGUGUAUCGCAGAGAUAAUUCAUGUCUUUUCGCGAGACAAGUGAUAAUUCGUUUUAUUCCGUGAUUUAUUUAAACGUUUUAAACGCACGUUGUAAAUAUUUAAAUAGACCAUAUCAUGGGCCGUGUUAUACCGUCGCGCGCAUUAUAUUUAGAUUGGUCAUAUUUUUGCCAAAAUUUUAAAACUGCACAUUGCAAUAACUAUAUUAUACUUUAUAAUUGUAUUAGGUAUGCCUACUGCAGACGACGGACCGCACGGCGGGUUAAUCAUGCAUUUCUAACGUAAUUUUUCGCGAUGGUCAUCAGUAUAAUACAGGAGGAGAGGGGUGUUCUACGAGAUUGUAGGUGACAUAUACCUUAUAUACAUAUAUCUUGACUUUUAUUAACAAACUUCCCGUAAUUAUUGCCUUUAUUAUUUGAUAUCUGGAGACAAUAUUCAAUACAAAACCAAUACUCAUUUACUUAUUGUUCCACUUCAUUAUGACUGGAGCAGAGGACUUCUAGCAUUUGCAUAUUUAUUUUGAUCAGUUUUACAAAAAGGCCGAUCCAAAUGAAAUUUGUUUCAUGUUACAACAAAGCCUAAUCUGUAAUUUUAUGUUUCAUAUUUUUGCAUAUUUAUAGGGUUUUCUGUUUUUUGAUACAUCCAUAGUUUUUUUGUUUAACAAACUCUAUCAAAGUUUAUCACAUUCGAAUAGUUUUUUUGAAAUCUUCGAUGGUUUUCCCGAAUAAAACUAUUUAGCCAUAGACGAAAAAAAUAUGAAUGAAAUAUUCAAUAGUUCAUCCCCACUUUCGAAAACGUUCGAUAGUAUGUACUAGAGAGCCUAGAUACGUAAUAAGAGAGUAACAAACUGAUAUAGCAACUAUUUUUCGUCCAGAUUGACAUUGAAUUCUUAUAAAACGAUUAUAUUGUAAAUUAUAAAAAAAAUAAUUUUAUAAAAAGUAAAAUAUUAUAAACAUUUUAUAAAAAUCCAAUAUUAAACAUAAAAACUGUGAGAAAAGUUCAGACGAAAAAUGACCGCUGUAUCGGUUGGUCUCUUAUUUAUAGGUUCCAAACCAUAAACUAUUCGGAAUCGCCCAUGACUUUUGCGUUUCAUCAAAGAUAUUACGUAUAUAUUAUUAAAUAUUUUAUUAAUACUAUACAGACAUGCAGUUAGGUUAAAAUAUAAUUUUUGGGUGCCCAUUUUAAAUUAAAUACAUUUUUUACAAUGAGUAAAUUUACAAUAAUUUUGUAAUUUUACAUAAUUAAUAUGCGACCUCGUUAUACGAACAUCAUCAUUAAUCGCGUCUAUUAUAUAAGUAUAGUUCAAAAAACAUAAUAAUAAUAUAGUGAUUAGAUUACUGUGUUUAUUAUUUAGUUUAAACGCAAUACAGAAUACUAGAUGUCCCACCUGGUGACGUUGCCCAUGCCAAAAGAAAUACAGUCCAACAAUGAACUAAGUAACCAGUUUCUAUAGUAACUAAACUGUUCGUUGUGCGUAUCCUCGCGAUAACUAUUAUAGCCCUUACACUUAAUUAUUUUCUUGUUUUGGUUGUUUCAACUUUUUUCUUUUAUUUCACCUUGGCAAAACACCAAGGUAACCCACAAAUGAACAAAAACAAUUCGAUUUUCGUACCAAAAAUACAAAUAUUUCUAUGUUAAUCCCCCCACCCCUCCUUCUUAGAGAGAGUUUCGGGAGAAAAAAUAGCAUAUAAGUUAUUUUUGGUCUAGAACUACAUAAUUAUCCAUCCAAAAACACGUUCACAUUUAUGAUUAAUAUACGUUAAUGCGUUAUCCUUUGGAGAUAGACAAAUACCACUGCGGACUUUUCUGUAGACAUUUUUAAAAUUUACAAUUACGCAGUUCCUAAGUUAAAUGUAUUUCAUAAGAUUUAGUCAGUGUAAGCAAUGUAUGUGCAUGAACAUAUCUUUUUAUUACGACUUGAUUACAAAACAUCGACUUUUCUCUGCAAAACAGAUAGACGCGGAUAUCAACUUUGUUUCAUACUACGAGUAUUUAGUGAUAUUAUGUAUUUACAUUUAAUAAUUAUUAAAGUACUAAUAAACAAUAAAUACUAAAGUAAGUAAAAUUACUUAAGCAUCAAUGUAUAUCAGUGUUUCCAAUUUUUUUUUUUUUUUGACUCUAGUUCGAUUUGAGGAGAAUUUUUGCUUUUUUUAUAAACAAAUAAGGAUCGCUUUAUUUCAAAGAAUUACUAUAUAGCUGUACAGUUUCCAACUGUAAUUUAUGAUAACCUAACAGUCGUGAAUUUCGAGCUUGACUUUUAUAACAUUAAGUUUUCAAAAUAGUUGAAAUACAAUAUACCAGUUUUCAUACUAAGUAUAAUGUGAUUUUCGACACGGGUUAAACAGGGUUUAGUAUCGAAACCCAUUCGAUGCAACGAAAUUAUUGUUAAGUUUGCCAGAAAAGCCACUACUUUCGUUAAGUUUAAACCUGAUCUUUUGCAUUUGAAAUGCAAAUAAUUUUUGCACAUGAAACGAACUGAUUACAGACUCGGGUAAACCCUACAAAGCUAAAAGAAUUCCAGUUCAUUUACUACACGAGAGUUUUGAUUCUACUCAAUUAUAUUGCAGUAUAUGCCUUAUAACAAUAUUACUUGAUAAUAAUACUCAUUUCGCAUGCAACAGUUAUAAAUUGGUAUUACAGUUAUAAUUACUCUAUAGGAUAUAUUUUAUUAUAAAGGUAGGUAUACUAUUUUGUUUUAAAACAAUAAUACGUAGAGAUACGCCGUGGUGUGACAUAACAUAAAUAUUAUUAGCUGUAUAACUAUAGGCACAUAUAAUUAACUACCUACUUGUAAUUUUUGUUUUAUAUUAUGUACGUUCGGUCUACAAAACACCAUUAACUAUAUUAUUAUUAUUAUUAUUAUAACCGUGUUAUUAUAUAACAUUAUCGAGUACAACAAUUCAAAUCUGUAACGAUUAAAUCAAAUAAUGCUUAAAUGUUAUUAUAUUACAUUACUUGUUGUUAAUCGUUUUCUAAUAAGCGGCUGUGCGGCCAUAUAAUAUAUUUAUACACAUAGUAUCAAAACGAGCGAUAGCCAUGGGUGUCCAUAAGGGGGAGACGUGAGACGAGGAACUUCCCCCCACCCUCCACCAUCCCGAAAUAAGUAUGAAUUAAUACAUUUUACGUAAAUUCAAAUAACAUUAACCGUUUUCAGAAUUUGUUUGUGUUGUCUAAUAGCUUGAAAUAAUAAAUAUUAUACGUCCGUGUAAUGUACGUUAUUGUCUAACACAUGUAAUUUCUAAAAAUCGUUAAAAACUUUGAAUAUUGCAAUAAGUGAAUAUUACGUUAGUUUUGUAUUUAUUUCCGAGACUAGGGUAGGAAUACACAUAUACGUUAAUACACAUCACCUACUAUAGUGAUACGCACAUAGAACUAUUUUUUUUUUUAUUUUUUUUUUUUUUUCGGAAUCCUCUUAAAACGCCGUUCGGUACACAAAAUAUCUUCACUAAAGUAAUAAGACACUAUGAAAAAAUUAACAUUCUAGAAUGCAUCAUUUAUAAAAGAAAAAUCGUAAAAGUUCGUUUGUUUAAGGGUAAGAACAAAUAAAAAAUUAAUCAUAACGAAAUUUGUCAGAUGAAAUUAUUUAAUUAUAAGUUAUGAUCGUACAUUCCCAUUUAAAUGACUUUUAGGAGAUUUAUAUAUAAUAUACUAGAUGUCCCGUCCGACGUUGCUCGUGCCAAAAAAGAAAUAAUAGAAAAUUUAUCAUCCGUAUCACCAAAGUAACCAAUAAAUCAAAAAAAAAUUGGAUUUUUGUGCCAAAAAUCCCAACAAUCCAGUAUCAGGCUCCCUUUAAGGGUUGAAUAACUUAACUUACUAGAUAGUUUGCUAUUUUAACUAACUUAACUCAUGUAGUCAUGUGCUUCUACUUUAACUUGAAAUCAACUACCAAUUUUAUAUAAUUCUCAAUUAAGUUAAUUUGGUAUUUUCAUAUUAUCCUGAAUAAUAUUAUGUUUAUUACCGUUGUCUGUUCAAAAUAUUAUAAGUUCGUAGAUUAAAGAGUAACUAAAAUGUAGAAAAUCAUCAGAUAUUAUUAGAAAAAAAAAAACAAUAAGAUAAUAGGAAGAUGUACGAAAACUUCAAUUUUUAUAUUCACAGAUAAAAACUAAUUAAGAAGGCACUUGCUUAUUUUGUUAUUUCCGUCUUACAAACACGCGGUAUAGUUAAAACAUGUUUACGUAGACUACGCAAAAGACGUUUAAUUUUAGCUUUAGAGUAAAAACACCUAUUAUAUAAAAUCAAAAGACAACAAUAUCCCAGUGAACAAGAUGUUGCGUUAUUUUUCAUUUUUUUAUAAAAUAACAGUCAAUUUACCGUUUAUUUACAAUGACUUUUUCAACAUUUUUCAAUAAAACCAUAAUAAAAUAUAAUUGGCAAACGUAUUAUUAUCAUUAAUCACCUUAUUUGUUCAAAUUUAAAUAUCUAUGUGUUCACUUAACCUAUAAAAACGAAACGAUUUUAUAUCUGUACAGAUCAAAUUAUGUCACGAAUUAAUUUUAAAUUUAUCAUUUUGUACAAUACACGCACUAACGUUGCAGAUAUUGCAAAGUAAUAUUAAGACGGCUCGAAAUGCAGAAAAAAACACCAUAAAUUCAACAGUAUUUCACUCUGUAAUAGGUACGUGCCUAGUGAAUGGUACCUAUUUAAAAAUAACGUAACGUAAUCGUCGUUGUCUUCAAUGAAAUUAAAACACAAUUGAUUAUUGUAAUCGCCGAAAUUGUUUUCCAACGUUAUCAUUAUAUAACGUACAAUAAUUCAUGAUAUAGGUUUUUUGUGAACAAAAAUAAUUUUCUACGCGAUCGUGUUCGCGUAAUGGUAAAAUGUUAUGACGCGCGAUUAAAUUGUUAUCCGUGAAGAAGUCCCUCGGGUAAAAAUCAAAAAUACCAUAGCACGUGACAAUAAUUUAUACAAUAUGACGUAUAGGUAUGUACCACAAUAUUAGUUACACACAUCAGUGAUAUAGGUUUACGAUGCACGUUUACCCAAUAAUUAUUGCGAUUCGCCGUCAUAUCAGACGCAGGUGUAAAAGGCACCUUGAUUUUGAAACGUUUUUAUGUGCCCGCCUAAAUUUAUUACGCUCGUAGUGUGCGGUAGAAUUGGGCGUAAGAAUGUUUUUUUUUUUUUUUUGGUUUCGAUACGCGAACGGCAAACAAUAUUGUAGGUGCCUAUAUAAUAGAAUAGAUUAUAAUCCGAGACCGUCACGGAAAUCUUAUUACAAUAUUAUUACAAACACGAAAUCGUGUAAAUAAAACAAAUAAUAAUAAUAUACGAUGUUAUACGAACUGCCGACCGGGCUACGUAUUUACAGACCCUAUCCAAGUUCGGCCCCAGCCGAAACGUAACCGCAUGUUGGUUUUAGGCACAGAUUGAACAAAGUAAUAUUAAUUGCCGAUAUUAAUCUCGAGAAAGGCUCGGUCCCCGGCAAACUGAGGCCAAUUAUAAUUGUAGAAUCAGUUACACGUUACACGUUCCUAUAGCUUCCAUGAUUAAUAUAAAUUAUUAUUUAUUUUCCUGUUUAUUUUUCCAGUUUUCUCGGUUUUCCCGUGUUUUAUCUCAGUUUUUCCCAUUUGAUGGGAAAACUCCUGAGAAAAUCGAAAAAUGACCUCUUUAAAGUACCUCUUCACGCCGUUUUCCUUUUAAGGUGCUACGCAUAGAAAUCCUCGCAAGUCUUCUGGUAGAAAAGUUACGCACAUUAAAAAAAAAAAAAAACAUCUUUGUGUUUUACAAAAAUUCGCUCCACUCAGAAUCUAAAAUGAAUUAUCAAAUAAUUUAAUAUAAAUGUGAACAUUUUAUUUUUGGCGGUAAUAAUUGUAUAAUUGUAAAAAUAAUAUCUACACAUGAUAAGGACAUAAUUAGUAUGUGCACGUGUGGGUUAUUAUCGGCUGUCUAGCCAACUGUAAAAUACACGUUAAAAUUUUUUUUUUACCACGAAAUAUACAACAAGUUUCUAAUUACUGAUAAUACAUUUUUUAAUCCCAAUAUAAAUGAUUAUUAUUUAAACACACAUAGACAUUUUUUGAAAAAAAAAUGCCCGAUUUUUAACUGAUAAACAACAAAAUGAUUAAAUAAAACAUCAUGUGCCCGUAGAUAUACCGCAGUCCGAAGUUAUACGAUUUGUUCGUUUUGGAUACAUAUACAGUUUUACUAUUUUGAUUUUCAGAAUCACCUAAUAUGUUCUGGACAGAUAAUACGGUAUUCGGUUUUCAUUUUCCGGACGAACACGGGUUCCCGUGUAUUUACAUGAUAUGAAUCAUGUGUGGUAUCACACCAUGAUUAAUUAAGUACAAGCGCAAGUAAUUAUCGGAAAAUUCUGGAUUUCGAAUUUCAAAAUCCGAGUUUUUUUUUUUUAAAAAAAAAAAAAAAAAAAAAAAAACCGCGUUAUAAAUGAUUUUUACACAAGAGAAAAUGUAAAUGUCGAUUUGGGAUUCUGGAAACCCGGACCAUCGAACUUUUAAUAAUCCGGAUUUUUCGUGUCGCUAAAUUCGACACACAAGCUGUUUACGCCGCGCAGUCGGAUCGUCGGAGCGCGGUGUGUCCGUAAAUACGCGACCGGGUCACGGGCGUCCCGCGGUGGCGUCGCGCGUCGUUAGCAAAUCGAAAAAUGCGAAUACACGCACGAGCCCGGUAUAAAAAAUAAUUAAUAAGCUGCGAUAAUUAUAAUGCAAAUCGCAUUUUUUUCUCAACGACCUAAAACAGAGCUUUCCAAACACAAAAUUCGUUUCAUUUAUGAAAAAUGUUUUUUCAACGUUUAAAAUGAUUUUUAGGACAUUUGUUAAUCUUUUUUUUUUUCCUAAGUGCAUUAAAUUGUGUAAUUUUUAAGGCAUUUUUCUCGUUUUUUAAAGCAUUCGAAUCCACGCCCUAAAUAAAUACAAUUGUUCGAACAUUACAAUAUUCGAUAUUAUUGUGCUUACGUUUACGGCGAGACUACCCCGGGAGAGUUUGCGGGCCGGAGCAGAGAUCGGAAGGAUUGUGCGCCGUCUUGUGAAAACACCGUCAUCUUUGCGGUGCUAGUCGACCGGUUUAAACGUCGAUACAGUCAACUAAUCACACCGGAGCAGAGUACACUUAGUUAUUGUUAGGUCGUGUACGAAGCACACGGUAAUCGUCGCAAUAAUAGUAAAACAGAUAAUACAAUAACGUAUUAUACUUUAGGUACUGGCUAUUAUAAUUUUGAUUUUUUUUUUUUUUUUUUUUGUUAACCGCGAUACUCAAGAUACUAAUUAUAAACAUUAUCGCGCGCGAUUUUGCCAUUAGUUCUUCUGUUUCCCGCCCCCGCGUUAUUUUAUCAGAAUUUUUUUCCGCCAUUUAGACUACCCACGCGUGUUUUCGGAUUUUUGUCUUAAGCCAGAAAUAUCGAUUCGCGUGUAGCAUCUCUUCCGAUAGAAAAUGCCGUCUAACUGCUACUUAGAAAGAGGUCGUUUUUUUUUGGUUAUCCUCAUAAUUUUCAUAAAUUAUUCGGGAAAAACGGACAUGUUUACUGAAAAUAACGGUUUCGUUAAUCUCGAUUUGUUGUGAUCAGUUUAAAAAAAAUUAUAGAGACUUGACAUUUUUUAUCCGUUCGUAGGAAUUUGAUACUGUCGAGGUUCUAGGUUUUGUUUGAUAGGUAUAUAAAAUUGUUUAACCGAAGAGAAAUACUUGAAAAUUUAAUGUGAGGUUCAUUACAACUUAUUGCAAUGAACAUAUAAUUUAUAAGUUUUGCUUAACAGUAAAGUUGAGCGUAACGCAGAGGUUUUUUGUUAUAAGCUUUUAAGUUUCAAUUUUGUCGAAAAUCGUAUAAAUUACGACUUAUCAAAACAUAAAUAGCUGUUCCCAUUCCAAUUUGCGCCUAUGAACACGUAGUUAAUAUCUAUAUUUUAUAUUUUGUUUUUCAGCCGGUCAAAAACUAUUUAAAACUAGAGUAUCGUUUUUGAUAUUAUUGAUGGCCUGUUUAGUUAUGCCAGCGGUUUCAAAUGAUUUAGACCUCAUGAGGGAACAAUGCGGUUUUCUAGUGAGUGGAAUAUAAUAUAAUUUAACGUACCUAAUACUGCAUAUUUUUUCAAAAUGUUAGUAUGCGCUUUCUAAAUAUUCAACCUAAUAUUCUGUUUAGUUAGAGACGAAUAACGCGAAAGAGAAUGAAAUACGUACGUCGACGAAAUUCCACGACAAUAAAAAUAACAGUCUGACCAAAGACUCAACAAUCACUAAGAGAAACAACGACAUCAAAAUACUGAAAAGAGUGCGAACGCAGUUAAAACUGGCUAGAAAUCAUUUUCGGACUAAUAAAGAACUUAUCGCCAAUCUAUAUAAUGUUGUAAGUAUAUUAUAAUAGUUUCAUCAUAUUUAUAGUAUAACAGGGCUAUAUUUGUCAAAUGUAAUUUUUUUUUUUCAUAUUAAAUAUUUUUAAGUUUUUUUUUAACUUAGUUUUUUUGCGAUAUAAUUAAAAAUCGUUUAGUUAAAUUAUAAUAUUUAGGAAUUCGAAAUAAGUAAAAUUAUAUUUGAAAUCUAAAAAAAAUUCGAUAUUGCCAUUUUGCAAAUCCGAUUUUUAGAAAAAUUUUGGUGUCCAAAAACUUUUGCUAAGAUUGAGUCAAUUGCUUUUAAACAAUUUUUAAAGUUUUGUGAAAUAUGGCUUUUUUGGCGUACCUAAAUUUUCAAAUUGUUAUGUUGAUUUUUCUAUGAUGAAAUAUUGUACAAUUCGAUAAUAUUAUUUUCACAUUAAUUUAAACUGUGAGUCUUCGUAAAAUUGGCAAGAAAUAAAUUUAAAGUUGAACAAUAAAAAUAGCUUUCUUGGAUUAGUUGUAAAGCAAUAAAUUAAAAUGUAAAAUGCAAAAAUUAUAACGGAUGAGAGCUCUUAUAUUUAUUACAAAAAAACAAAAAAAAACUAUAAUAUUCAAUAUAGAAAAAAAGUUAUUGCGUUUGUUAUAUAGUCCUGUUAUAUCCUGUAUAUAUAUAUAUAUCCGUAUCGAAACAAUUUUUUGAAAAAUCCGUGCGUUUUUUUAACACACCAAAUUAUACAUUUUAAUGUAGCGAUAAAAUUUCUAAUAAAAAUGCGUAUCCCUAUGCAUAAAUAAAUAUAUAUACAGAGUGAUUCACUAAGCGUGCUUAUCCCAUUUUUUUGUUUAAAUUUUACAUUUAAUUUACAAAUUCUGGUUUUUGAAAUUGAAGUGUAGUUCAAGCCGAUAUUUUCGAAUACUCAGAUUUUUCCCAACAUUUAAGGAGUAUAGUUUAGGUAGGAAGGGGAUUAGUGGGGUACUAAUAAAACACCGCGCUCAGUGCUGCCACACAAAUGUCACACUACUGUCCCCCACCUAAACUUAAAAGUGGAAUAUAUUGUUAACAGGUUAAUGAAAAUCAAAAAUGUUGGUACCAAAAUGUAUUUAAUCUAGCACUCCGGACAUUUAUGGAAUUUUUAAUAUUGGUUCUCAUUUGAACCACCAAAGUUGGUAUCACCACAGGAUGCUCCUUAAAUGUUGUGAAAAAUCAAAGUAUUCUUCUAUAACUACAAUUGAUAAUUCCAAAAAUCAGAAUUUGAAUACACGCAUAAUUUAACUAAAAAAAAUGGGGUGAGCCCGUUUAGUGAAUCACUCUGUAUAUAAAACAUUAUAAUCAAACUGCAGUUUAUUACUCACGACCCAUAAACUUCCAAUUAUUUAUUUAUCAUUACAAUAAAAUAUAAUAUAACGUGCGCUAUUAUACAUGUAUAAAUUAAAUUACAAAAUUGAUCAGGGUACGUUUAACAAUUAUUGUUAUAUGACUAAGGUCAAUAUAUGUAUAUUGUAUAUUCAAUGGUGUACAUAAUUUUUUUUUUUUUUAAAUAAUGACGCAUUAAACGCGGGAUAUUUAGUCAUAUUUAGUCCUUUCGUACAAUUUUUUUUUUUUUUUUUUUAUCAAUAUUAUAUAAUAUUUCACGCGAUUUUGUAAUUAGGUAGGUUAAGUACCUAUAAUAUCUACCUAAUGACCUGCGAAAGUGAGACUUUCUUUAAAAUAUUAAUGGUAAAAAAAAAAAUCGACAUUUAUACAGUUUAUUUUCGUUUUUCUUUUUUUUAAAAUUAUUUUAGAGAUUUUCAAAUGAUAUAAUAGAAAUAUCGAAUGUAUAGGUGCGAGUCUUAUUCCAAUGUUCAAUGACUAUUCAACAAUCCAAUAUCUCCUAAAUUCCUAAAUCCUUCUAAUAGCUCUCCGACCGCCGACUUCCGUGCAAUCUCUCUUUUCUGUCCGUUAUUACAGGUAGAACAAAGUCUUCUAUCUCGAAUUUUCUUCAAAGUUUCCGCUCGCUUUCCUCGUGCAUUUAUCCCUUUCUCCCCGGCUAUCUUCCUUCAAAAUUCAUUAACUAUUUGGCGUAUGCGCACUUAUAAACACGGUAAUUUUUUAACCCUUAAUAAAUCAAUAAUCUAUAGCAUUCUCCAAAUUUAAAUUCUCAAACAGUCAAAUAGAUUUUAGUUUAAGUUUACGUACAAAAUAAAUCAAUAUUGUUCGAAUUGCGUUCUCGUUCUUUUUGGGCUCAUCCCAUAAAUUAAUUCCUGAAUAAAUUUGUUUCCUAUAUGUUUUUAAAAUUUAACAUUUACUGUUUACAAUAACCGUGUACUUAUUCAAAGAUAAAAUAUAUUUUACACAUUCAUACGAAUGCAGGUUAAGACUGGGAUGAAAACAGAGUAUGACUUCGAGUGGCUGCCCUCUCAGACGCUGUAUUGGUACAAGACAUUUAUCAAAAAUCUCGACAAGGACACCAAGGUAAGUUCGAUAUAAUUUAAAAUAUUAUACAUUUUAUAUAUAUAUAUAUAUACACAUUUAAAUAAUAUUACCGGUAUUUUUAACAGUGCCGGACAAUUCCGCAUGGACAAUUUUAUCAAAUUUUCUCCGAAAAUGGAGUCCAUCGUAUUGUAUUGAGUCUGUUACAUAAUGCAUACCAUUAUAAACUUAUCUUUUUCCCCGCUAUUUGUCGAUAUUUUUAGCGGCUCUCUUUUAAGCAAAUGAACUCAAACUCGGGAUUUAGAAGUUGUUUCAUAGACGGACUAAAGUGAUAAAUGUAUGGUUGAUUUCACCGUGUUCUCGUGGGAGGGGAGUAACUUUUAACAUUCUUACAGAUUCUCCGAGUGAAACCAGUAAAAUUAAAUGUUGUACAUUCGUAUUUCUUUAGUAUCAAUGAUAUGCCUUAUUAUUGUUGUUUAAAUUUUCAACAUCACCUAUAAUAGUCAUUAGUAUUCGGUUAUUAAUUAUUAUUUUACAAAGAAUAUUUUUAGAAUGACAACACAAAAGGUGGGCGGGAUCCGAAUCUAUUUAGUGACAGAGCUCAACUAUGCACGAGUGUUUUUUUUGUUUUAUAAACUACAAUAAAAUGUAGGUGUCAUAGUUAGUUAGUUAGAUAAACGUUAUUUUAGGGUUUUCGGUGAAAAUAUUUAUUUUAAUUAUUAUUUUUUUUUACGAUUUUAAGUUAUUUCAAUGUUUUCAAAAAGCCUAGAACGCAUCUUGGGUAGGUACUUACUACCUACACAUUCCGUUUACAACAACAAAAAAUGUAUAUUAAAACCCUUCUAUAACGACCUACUGUAGACACCUCUUACAGUAAUAACUUACCAAAGCGGUUCCGGCGUGAGUAUCGUGUAGUUUGACGAUGUAAAUAUUACAUAAACAUCCGUGCAUGGUUUAUAAUAUAUAACGUUGAAUUUUUACAAUGGACGUUUAAUCAUUGUUAACGUAAGUUAAAUAAAUGUUUACCAAAGUGCAAGAAAAAAUUAUGCCGUCAGAAAUAUGUGUUAAAAAACGGACAAACUUCACACGUGCAGGGGCAAAUAGGCCCACUGGGCACCGGUGGGCCGAUGAAAAAUAUUGUUACUAUAUAAACAAGAAUAUUAAAAGUUGAUAAAAAAAUACAAUAAUACUGAUUUUAUAUUUACAUCUAGUUUAAAUUCUAAAAAAUUAUCAUUGUAUUCCCAGUCCACCUUAUUCACAUAGUAACGUCGCGCUUCUGCGUUGUUAACUGACCACCAUCACCAGUGUUCUUGGAUCUUGGAUUUUAAAUAUUAUUUUUACGUUUAACUCACAGCCGCUGUCAUUAACUAUUAUAAAUAGUUAAUCUGUUGAUGACAUUUUACUCAUUUAUCACUUACUCAGUGACAUUAUUUUUAACUACACACUACAUUCCGUGUUUGGCUUUCCUUUAUCACUUGACAUAUACAUAUAGUAUAGAUAUAUACCUACAAAAAUCCCAAGAUUUUGAUUUGGGGCCGGGCUGGGGCAACAGUAAAACGAUAAAAUCACUAAAACAGUGUUUUAACUAUACAAAAUUGUCGUGCGAAUUCAUGCUAAUGACGUGCUAAAUAUUGGCAUAUCUAUAUAUUCGAUAACUAUAUUUUUUCUAUUGGGCCGGACUGACACAACGUUGCUCCAGCCCGGCCCAUUAAAUUUUGUUGUUGAACCAAUAUCAUGUAAAUUUUAAUUUUAAUUAUGCAAAUUCAUGUUAAUUACGUGCUAAAUAUUGGUGCAAAAAUGUUUCAAUAUUUCGAAAUGGGCUGGGCUGUCACAACGUACGUCGAAUAUAGACCAGUAAAGGAAAGAUAAGUAUAAGUGUGCGCACGGAAAAGGCAGGAGAGGUAACUGCGUCCUUUGUGGGAUUUUUCGUCAAAAUAUUUUUUUAAAAAAACAUGUUGAAUAUACAUUUUUUUUAAAAAAAUAUUAAAUUUUAAUGUACCUUUAAUUUUGUACAUCGGUGCAAACAGUGGAGGUCUUUGGGGGAUUAUGAAUCCUCUCCGAACAUUCAACCAAGUCUCCUAAAAUAAAGUCCUCAUCAAGUAAAUACUUAAAUAUAAUUAAUAUUAUGAGGGUUUAUGCUCCAAAAUUAUUUGCAUUUUUUGUGCCUAUGAUUUUUGUGUAAGGUUUGAUUUCAAAAAUCCUUGCUUCCCUCCCUAAGAAGACCUGUGCACGUUUAUGGGAAUGAUUACCAAAAGGCAGAAACAAUUUUUUAUCAAUACAUUUAAGUAAAUAUAAUUAUUUACACAUUUAUUUUACGAAAUAAAUAAAAAUAAUGAAAAUGAAAAUUGUUAUCAUUUAAACUCCUCCCUUAUUUUACCAAAUUCAAAUUCUGGAACUUAAUAUAGUUAAUGACGGUAUGUAGAAAACCUAUUUUUUUAUCGCCCUACACUCUUCUAUUGAAAUUUGAUUAGCGUAAUAGCCAUAAUAUUAAAUUUAUAAUUUUUUCUUAACAAAAAAAAAAGGUGAGAUAUGGUGAACUCGAGAUUGAGAUAAUUUUUUUAAUGAACUUCGAAUAUGAUCAUGUGAACCACUAGAUUCUGUUUUUCCAAGCCAAUCAGAUCAUGCUUAUCCGCCCCUGCGCACGUAGGUGGACCACUGUUGUAGUUGAGAAAUUGGGAAAGUAGUAGAGAGGAAAUUGAAUGUUUAGCUAUAUGUAACGAUUAACCAUUAUUCACGAGAAAAAUAUUCUAAGCGGAGUUCGGUUUUUAUUGUUGCUAUAUUAACAAUAUAUAUGAUAUAUAUGUCAUAUUAUGGUAAAAUAUUUACGUAAUAUACAUUGAACAUUUUCUUAAAAAUAAUAUUUGUUUAAUAUGUACCUAUUUUCCCGAUUUGUCCGGUUUCUCCGUUUUUCCUCCGUUUUUUCCAGUUUAUUUAUUGGAAAAACUCCUGAGAAAAUCUAAAGUACCUCCCCGGUCAGAUUUUUUUUUAGAAAAAGUGCCAUAGUUGAUACUUUGGAGCAAGAUUUCUGGUAGAAUUUUCUUACACAGUGUAAAAAAAAAAAUAAUAAAUAAUCAUUAAAAACCAAUACAUUCCUCGCUCCACUCAAAAACUAAAAAAAAAAAUGCAUGCGUUCGGAUGUAAUAUACACGUAGUACAUAAUAUGUCAUUUAUACUGUCAAUAAAACAGUCCAACACAAUGCAAAUAAUUGUACAAAUUUAUUUUGAUCUUCUAGUUAUUAUAAUGAGUUAUAUUAGUUAUCAGAUUUACAUUAUAUUGAUUCGAGUUUGAACGUCAUUAAAACCCUCCAAACUUUAAAAUCUUUAAAUUUCAGGAGUAGAAAAAACAUUAACGUAGAUAGAAUAGGUUGUAAAAUCAAAAUAAUGAUAUCGCUAAAUUAUAAAAAGAACAACUAUUAUCUAAAAAUUAAGGUUCAAUGAAUGUGGUCAUAUUGAAUAACGUCUGACUAAAUAGAUGACAAACUCACCGACUCCUUCGAAUAUUCCGACUUUAGACGAAAUACUUAUCACAUUUUAAAAUAUUUAAUUAUUUAUAGUCAUUUUUCCACCAAUUAUUAUUAUUAAUUUAAAUUACAAUCACUACACGUAUACAUUAUACAAUGUACUAUUAUUAUAUCGAUAUUCCUACAUACGUAUGGGAAUUUGUUGAAAAACAGAACAUUUUGGUAUCCCGAAGACAAUUCUUGAGAAAACAAAACACUUGGUUUAAAAAAAAAAAAAGACGAUUUCUUACUAAACCAGAGAUAUAUGGUAUCUCUGAAUUAACCUUUCAUUAUUAUUAUUUUUCCCAUAGUGAUUCAUUGUUAUUUUCGAUUUGACACAGGCGGGUGUAUCACCAAAUAGCUAUUACAGCUAAAAUGCAUUAUUAAUAAUUCGAUGCAUUCGAUGCAAUAGAUAUACUGCAGAUAUGUAGAAUUAUUGACUCAUUUAUAUUAUGAAUAAUAAUAGGUUACAGUGGGCUGAUCCUGAUAUUUUAAUUAUCAUGUGAAACACGAUGGUAAAUAUCAAUCGAAGUGUUAUCGAAAAAUGGCACGCAUAUCAUAUCGUUCUAUCAUCAUGGCGUUUUUGUUUUACCUAUUAACAAUCGAUGAUGGGGCUGUCUGCCGAUGAAACUAUGUCACAUCGAUAAAUACAUUCGUACAUUUUCGCGUUUUUAAUUUACGUACAUAAUAAUACGACGCCUUUGCAUCAAAAUAUUCUAAUUAGUAUCGCAAAACUACUGUAUACUGCAGACUACUGUUCAAAUCAAUAUAGCAAUCUCUAUAAUAAUAUUGUCAUUUUUUUUUAUUGAUAUAAACCCAAUGUUUAUUUUUACAUAUAUCAAUAGUAAUAAAUUAUAUUUUAAACACUAGAUCAAUUUUAUAAUUUAUUAUUAAGAUGACGGCAAAGUCGUACAUGCCGACUUAGUCUUUCUAACAGACAAUCAACAAAAUUGUGUUCACGAAAAAAAACAAAUAGGCAAUUAAACCAGUUUUAGUGUUAAAAAAAAAAAAAAAUGUGUAAAUGAUAACAUUUUGAACACGAUCUUCUAGCGGUUUUUUGGAAUAUUAACUUUUUUUUAACGUUCCCAGUUCCAAGAAAAAAAAAUUAACAACAAUAAUAAAAUGUAAAAUACGAUUUGUUAUAAUAAUUAAUAAUAAGGCGGGCCGCACACCAGAAAAAUUAUAAACACGAAACUUGUAACAUGAAACAUGUAACUAUAAUUGCAUGAAACCGGCCGAUAUAUUUGUAUAGAGAAACACACACCGAGUUUCAUGCAACUAUUUUUGUUUAUAGUUUACGAAAUUGAUGAUACAAAAUUUGUCAUUCUGGUUUCAUUGUUUCAAUUUCAUUAACAUUUUCACAUAGCCAUGCACGUUUUUAGAUUUUACUGAGUAUAAUUCGAUUUAUAAUUUAUGAACUUAUUUAUUAUUAUUCAAUUAAAAUACAUUAUUAUUAAUACUAGUUUUACUUAUAAUAUUUUUUUCAAUAUCCAUGCGGUAAAAUGUCUUAAAUUUAUGUGGAUCGCUAUGUAAUUAAUUUGCAACAACACUAGUACUGGUACAUAUAUUUGAUACAUUUAUCGGAUGUACGCAAUAAUGACGUUUUUUUGAACAUUUUUUUUUGACGUGCCCACCAUCAAAGCAAAAUCACGUCAUCCUCGUCAGACGACAUUUCGGAAAUUGAUCAUGUUCUAUAGUUUCAUUGUUUAAGUUUCUUCAAUAUACAGAUCAACGCGAAACUAAUUUUUGAAACCGAUUGCAUACAAAAAGUUUCAUGUUACAUAUUUCUCUAGUGUGCGGCCCGCCUAAAAGUUGAAUAUUCAGAGAAUUGUCCUCGAAACAUUAUCAUCUAUAAGUUAUUUACUAAUUUGUAUCUAUAUAAUAUGAUGAUAACUAAUACAUUAAAUCAUUUGACGUAUUUAUUAUUUGUUUUUCUAGGUGUUUAUACUUUUACCCGUGUUACGAGAUUCAUUACAGAAUUUUUCAUUGACGCUUAAUCAAAUGCGACAUUUUAACGAAGCGCAUCACACAAUUAUACAAUCAAACAAUUAUUAUACAACACGAAAACAAAUACUAAACAAAUUAUACAUCAACCUAAUCCCAGUAAGUCAUCGUCAUAAUAUAUUUUAAAUCUUUCCACACAACUUUAGAACAUUAGUAGGUAAGUUCUUAUCGACCGAUUACGUUAAAAGUAUGAUGGCGGUUUAUAAAAUAAUAAUAACUAAAAUUGCAUAGUUUAAUCCUAAUGGACAUGGGUGCAACCACUGUUAUAGGUAAUUUAAUGUAUACCUGUAAGCAAAGAUAAACCUUUGCUAACGAAAAACGUUUCUGAGUGCAGUUUAAUUGAUAGUGAUGCUUUAUCAACGAUAUAAUAUCACAUUAAAAAUGACAAAUAGUCAUUAAGCUUUAAUAAUAUUUAUUUCAUAUCGUACCGAUUUUCCCAUUUUUCUCGAUUUUUCCAUGUUUUCCCGGUUUUUUAUAUUUGCUGGAAAAACUCUUGAGAAAAUGGAAAAAUGACCUCCUUAAAUUACCAUAGAGAUAAAAUUUUCUUUCAGAAAAUAAGCUACUUUUGAUACAUCGGAGUAAGAUUUCUGGUAGAAAAGUUUACACAAUGAAUCGAGGGGUAUUUGUCGAUUAAAAUAGUCCGAGUGAGCGAUAGCUGGGUCUCUAGGUACACCUAAAAUGCACUUGUUUUUUCCCUUUUUAAAUAAAUGGUAGAAAAUAAAUGCAAACAUUUUUUUUUUUUUGAAACACGGGGGGAUUUGAACUUGUAAAUAAAGUACCAUCUGGACAACAUUCCCUUGUGUUCCAGGUGUAGCUUCUUUUGUGAAAAUAAAUCUUAUUGGUAUAUUAAAGAUGUCAUUUUUUUAUUUUUCCUUGCAGUUUUCUCAAUAAUUGGGAAAAACCUAAUGAAAAAAUAGAAAAACGGAAAAAUUAACGGUGAUAAUGGUUUCAUUAUUUUCGAUUUUGUUUUUUGGUUGUGAUCUAAAAUUUUUAAAGAAUGCUAGUUGUUUUAACCUUUUCUAGACGUACUAAAAUUGUUUGAUCAUUCGAGCAAUUUUUAGGCUGUUAAUAGACAUUUUAUAUUUUUUAGUAUUUAUUUCGUAAUGCGGUGUUUUUUAUAAUCAGUUUUAAUUUCGAAUUCUGACAAAAAUCACAGUAUUUUUAAACAUAUUUUAUCGAACUUUGCUUAGAAUUGGUUAUCAGAGAUUUACCGUUGUGUACAGAUGUAAAUUAAAUAAUUCUAUGUAUCCUAUCUUCCUAAAUUCCCUCCGACAACAGUCGAGGCACACCCAUCAACAGUGUCUGUCCUUUUAUGAUAAUGUCAUAAAAUUUAUUCAUAAUAUGCGUAAAAAAUAUGAAUUAAGCUUCAUUAUUAGUUCUUAAUAUACCUAAUCUGUAAUAAAAGUAUAUUAGAGUGUCAGUAUAUUUGCUAUUUUUUCUCGACCCCGGUUCGCAUUAAUUUUACGCAUUUUUGGUAAAAUCUUCUGUUAUAUUUAUAGUACUUAUACCCGGGGUUGGGCAAAAUAAAAUUGAUACAUUAUAAGAAUAUAAAAGAUACAAGUUACAUAAAAGAUGCAAAAUACUUUCAGUUUUUUAUUUGCGUAAUUAAUUUGGUGAAUAUUUUGUUAUAAGACUAAUUUCAAUCUCUAAAUAGUAUAAAACAAAAUCACAAUCCGCCUCUGUCAAUUAGUUCUUUUGAAUUACGCAACAGAUUUUGAUACGGUUUUUAAUACCGUUUCGAAAAUUUCUUCUGGAAGGUAAUUGUGUUCAUAAUAUAAGCAUAACAUAUUUAUAGAAACUAGAGAAAAGUCAAUGUUUUGUAAGCGAUUCAUAAAAAAAUAUUUUCGGGCACUUACAACGUUAACGCUGUUUAAACCUUACGAGAUGUAUCAAAAUAAUGUACUACAAAAAGUACCGCAAUGGUAUUUGUCUACUUUCUAAAGAUAACCCACAGUAAUCAUAAAUGUGAAAGUUUUGGACGGAUGGAAAGGAUUGAAAGGAUGGAUGUUUAUUACCCUUUCACGUCAAAACUACUGAAGGGAGUCAACUGAAACUUUUUAUAGGUGUAAUUCUAUACCAGGAAUAACGUAUAGACUUUCAAGUUUAUUUUCAUGAUAUCCUUCCAAAGCGGGUAUUCACAUAGGGUUAUUAGUAUUUUCGUACAGAAAUCAAAUUAUUUUUGUUAAUUUAAAGGUUAACCUCGGUAAUACGGAUAAAACAAAAGAAAACAUUUCAAACAAACAAAACGAAAAAUAUAAACAAGUUUAGGGGCUGUAGUAGUUUGAAAUGGGAUACGUACAACAAACAGUAUAGUUGUUAAAAAAACUGGUUACCUACCACCAAGUUCAUUGUUGGACUGUAUUUCUUUUGGCACGGGCAACGUCGAGCAGGACAGCAAGUUUACAAUGCACGUAACAAUUACAAUUACGGUAGUCUAAGAUUUUUAUGAUAAAAAAUACAAAUACUAAUUAAUUUUAAGAAAUAACAUCCAUUUAGAUGUUUUUUGAACGGUACAUAAGCAGUCAACACGAACAACCUGUUUGGGGUUUUUCGUUAUUUAAUUUUUUGUUUGUAUUUCGCGUAUCUUUUAGCGCAAACAAAAUAACAAUGAUUGUCAGUACCGCAAUAAAAUUAUCUCGAUUCGAGACACGGGACAACGAAAACUAAAAAUGAUACGGGAUACGAAAUCGAACCGGCGAUACUGUCGCCGACCCAGGACCCCGCAGCCGAUUCCUAUACCAUCUAAUAAUUAGGACUCGGAAUGGUAUUCAUUUGCAUAUUUUUAUUUAUUACGUUAAAAAGUAGUUAGGUAAGACACAAAUUUGAAUUUUAGCAUCUGGUAUGCACAUUUGAUUUCGUCUAUUUUUGCAUAUUCGGAACAUAUUUGAUUAUUAUGCAUAUUUUAGCAUUUUUCAAAAAUAUAAUGCAUGUAUUGGAAAAAAAAAAGUAUUAAGUUUAUAAUACUAAUAAUUAACUAAGGAUGCGUUCACAUUUCAUAUUUUCCAAAUUUGUAAUUACCCAUGUAUCAUUUGCCAAAUGUCAAUUGAUAAUUGUUUACUGUUUAUCGAUGAGUACGCUGUAUAAUAAUAAAUAAAUUUUGCUUGUAGAUAUCACAAAGAUAAUCCCCAAUAAUAGAAAACUAGUAACGGUUUAGUUUUCGUACAACCGUACUUCAAGUAGUGUGUUUGUAAAUGUGGUUCGGAAUUCGGAGAAAGUAUUCGAGUACGACUUUUUAAUAGAUUUUUUUUAUUUAAUAUGAAAUAAUUUUAUCAGUUUUAUACAUUUUCAAACUGAACUAACACGAAUAUAUUUGUUUGCAUAUUUUUAGUGCAUAAAUGAACGCAUAUUUCGUACGUUUCUAGUGCACAGCGUGUGCACAAUGCCGGGCACUAUUAAUAAUACCGUGCGUAACAUUGUUACGAAACGAUUGAAACGUACAAAAACCGCGGGCGAAAAACACAAUAUUUUCGGUCCGUCCUGCGCAAUAACGACGCCGAGCCGGUCAACCGAUUUACCGCGUCGGUUCGCGAAAAGUCCGCCGCGGUCGAUCGCCCCGCCCCGCUCGCCCGCUCCGGCAGCCGCCGCCGUUACCGCGCGCGGCUCCGGUAACGAACCCGUCGACUGCCCGUCCGGUUCCGCGCGACGGGUCAGAGGCGAUUGGCGUACGCUCGCGAUGACGAACGUACGCGUGUUGCACGAGCGCAUCCGCGACGUUAUCCCGCGGCCGGUCGAAACCGACACACGUGCAACCGUUACGAUAAUAUUGUCAUCGCCGUGUACGCCCGGCCGUCCGGCCUGUACGUGUUGAAACACCGCGCGCGCGGCCCGCUCUCACAUCGUGUGCCAAGUACGGCGGCCGCGUGAUCGGGACAAUGGCAGUCGGCCGGUCGGGGACCGCCUACGUCGCACCCGGUGUCCCGGGACCGAGCGCGAUAACACAGCACAAAGACGUCACCGUUACGACGUCAAAAACGUAUUGUAAACGCGGGGCGGCGGACGCGUUCCGCGGUGUCGUCGCCGCCGCCCUUUGCGGCGCGGACUUUGAGAACGGCCGCGGGUGCGGCGGUCGCGACGCGCGUACGAAUACGUACGGGAGUGGGGGGGGGAGUGGAAGGCGCGCCGCCACUACACACUCCGGCGUCACGCGCGUACACGUGCGGUUUCCGCGCGUCUCCGAAGGACAACAAUACAAUAACGCGCACCGGCAGCGACAACGGCAAUGUCGGGCGCGGUGGUACAACGCGGAUCGGAGGCGGCGAACGCGCUGCAUAGGUGUCUCUACGAGUGUGCGCACGCAUUAUUGUGGCGAGACGAACUGCAACACCGCCCGCCAGGACGUACUCGCCGCGACGGAACACCGCGCGUGUUUUUCGCGCCGCCGCGACAACGACGACGCACAUAACGCCGCGCGCGAAUACGCGUUCCCGGCCGCCCCCCCCCCCACACCCCCGCGGGACAAUGCGACGACCGCUGUCGCGCACGGCCGCCGCGUAGGCUGCUUCCGUUUGUCCGACCUGUCACUCCAGUAGCUGCAGACGCGCACGACAAUGCGAUUAUGAUAAUAGGCAAUAUUCGGACCCGAAUCCGCAGCGCGUACCGCCCCCAUAAUACGUAUUAUAGGUGUGCGCGUCGUACACCGGGUCCAGCGGCCCGGCACCGGCUCCUCCGGUACACGCAGGUAUUAGAGCAGAUACGAGCGGGGAUACCCAUAUAUUAUGUGCGGGAGACCCCCGCGGAACAUCGGCUGUCCGGCGAAAAGAGAAAACGAAACAUGACGCGAUAACAGCUAUCCGCGCGGGUAUCUACCUGCGGCACACAGUGGCCGGCCGCGUCGCCAUUGUCCCGCUGCGGGGUUAAACGUCCGUGAGGUGUGAGAACGUCGCGGAGAAGACGGCGCAGCGAUGCGCCGGUGCGCGUGGUGGAGGACCCGGCCCGGUCGACGACGGGCUACAACAGUGGCGGCCAGUGGCGGUCGUGACGACGUUCGACAUUUUCGGCAAAGAGAUCCGACCGACCGAUUAUCGUAUUAUCGUAUUAUUAUUAUUAUUAUUAUUAUUAUUGUGUUUCCCCGUCCCGUGUCACUUCAGCGCCCGGGUCUUCGUGCAUAUUAUAAUGUAAAACGCGUAUAGGUACACGCCGAAUACAAUGUCCCCCCUCCCACCCCCGUACUUAUAAUAUUAACGUGUAUCCUGCGAAAAAGGUCGAUUUUUAUCCGAUUCAACAAUAAUAUACACGCUCCAGUAUACACCCUAUUAUAUUGUCGGACGUUAACGUUUAAAUACAAAUAUUUAUAUAUAAGUAUCUAUCGAUACGGAAAACACUCACGUACCUAUACUAAACGACACACACCGUCCACUUCAAAAUUAGGAUGUUCCGGUGUAUUUUAUUCUCCCCGUUAUUAUUUAUACCUACUUAUUUCGCUUUCAUUUUUGACGCCUAAACCUUUUCACAUCGACCCGUUCGCUCGCACUUGUACAUAAUCAGGAGCGUAUAUUUACGGUGAGAAACUGCCCCAAAACUCUUUUUCAAAAUUAUCUUCUUUUUUUUUGCAAAGUUUAAGAAUAAUAUUGUAAUUCGUUUAUUCGAUAUUAAUUGUAAAAGAAAGAUUUUUUUUUUCUUAUACAAAUAAAUUAACAACUCAAAGACGAACAUCUUUCGUUUCGUAUGUCAAGAAAAUCAAUUCGUAAAAGUUCGACCAUUUUGUCGGAUGCCAUCAAUAAAUAUUAAGUUUUUAAUCAUUCCGCCAUUAAGAUAGGUAUGGGAACAUUUCGUUCUGUCUACAAUUUUCACAAGCUUAACUUUUUUAUGCAUACAUAUAAGUUACUCGUAUAUCGGACGUUUAACACUACCAGCAGUUGUAAAAAUUUCUUUAUUUCGAUCAAAGUUAAAACUUUCUACAUAAUUGCAUGCUUCUUUUGUAAUCAUUUAACGUAAUAAGUAUUUUGGAUUUUUGUUAAAAAAAUAUUUUUAAGUAUGAAAUUAUAUAGUCAUUACCUAUAAUUAAAUGUCAGAAAAAAAAAUAAAUGAAGGAAUAAUUCAUUAUUAUAAGAUAUAAACUAUAUAAUUAUUAUUAAUGCGUGGGGUUACACUGUUAAAAAUAAUAAUAAUAAUUUGCAUAAUUCGAUUAACGCGUUAAAACGAUCAUAAGAUUUCAGAAUAAAAAAAAAGCCCGAAGGAGAUGUUGUGAAAAAUAAAAUUAUAUGGCAUAUACUUGUAGGUAGGUCAUCCGAUUUAUUAAAACUAUACAUUUUGUUCUUCGCUCUAAACGCUAUAAUAUAGCCCGUCCGUACAUUCGUACGUACACUUCAUUUUUUUUAGUUAAUUACUUAUAAAUAUUAUGUUAUUUUAUUCAAGGUUGAAAUAUAUUAUUAUUCAUUUCAAAUAGGUUUUAAUGACAUAUUUUCGUAUAUUUGUAAAUUAUAACGAUUGUUGUAGUUGAAAGUAUAAGUAGUAAAAUAAAACACAAAUGCAAAAGUAAAUAACGCCAAAUGAUAAGGUAAAAAAAAUGGCAUUACUGCUGAUGUGUGUCCAACUGUUAUAGAAAAGAAAAAGAAGGGAGUAUACAUAAAGUAAUACAAUUUAUAUCUGUACGAAACGCUAAACCAUAAUGAACAAAAAACGAUUCUGUGGAGAGUAUUUUUGAUCUUUUAUAGCUAAACCAGAAAAUAAAACUCCCUCCUCAAUAAUGCAUCAACUAGAUCGAAAAUUCUACAAGAAAGUACGUGGUAUAAAGUUUUUGAUUAAGUAAGAUUUCUUGUAAAAAAUUUGUUUACAAACAGAAAAACAAUACCCAACGAACCAAGUAAAACUUAUACAAAUAUUCCCACUUCGUUUAUAAUCUAAAAAAGGUUACUGUUUGGUUUUAGUGUAAGUAAGCGGAUAUAGAUAAUUAAUAGUAUUUUUAGAAAAUGAAAAACAUCACUCGAUUAGAAUGAUAAAUGAAUACUACAGCAAUAAAAAUAUGAAGGUAACGUAGUAGUAGAAUAUUAAAAUGUAUUGAUUUUAUUUUUUACUGUGAUGUGUUCGUCUGUGAACGACUUUUCUACAAAGAAAUCUUGUUCCAAUCGAAAAAUGACCAGAGAUCUUUUUGUAGCAUUUUGGACUAAUUUGUUAGAAAUCGGUUAAAAAUGCUUAGGAAUGUUACAAACUGAACGUAACGUAGUAAUUUUUUUAUUUUUUUUCAUAAGCGUUUAAGUUCGUGUUAUGACGAAAAUCUUGAACACAUCUGUAUUUCAAAACAUGUUUAACCGAACUUCGCUCAGAAUCGUUUUUCGUUAGCAAUGAUUUAUCGUUACACACAGAUAUUAACUAAAUGCGUUUAUGCAUACGGGUAUCUCAAAUUCCCAAAAUUGUAUCCACCGGAUAUUAUAAUAUAAUAUAAUAUAUUAUUCCACUGAAAUAGUUGAACAAUAAUAUCAUUAUGUUUGUAUUUUGCACAUCACGUCGAGAUAAUUAUGUUGCGGCAAUAGUUUUAUACGUGUAUUUUCAUUGAUGACAUAAUAUAAUAAUAUUAUUAUUAUUAUUUGUAACGUACCUAUCGCUAUAAUAAUAUUAUAUUAUUAUGUAUACCGUAUAGUAUAUAUACCGUACAGUAUAUUAUGUCCAACAAUUACGUUCAUUCAUGCGGGCAGCAAAUCGUUACGGGUACCUAUAUUAUAUUGUGUAUUCAUUCAGUAUUUUAUGAUUAUAUUCGAUUGGUCUUUAUGAUGAGAUAUACGGUCAUUGAACAAUUAUCACUGUUAUUAUUAUAUUUAAUAAUAUUUGAGUUGUACCUAAUACUAUACACGCACAAUUACACACGCGCGCGCACCCCACUUUUGUGGUCAGGUAAAAAUAAUACGUCUAAACCGUAAACCACAAUCAUUUAUCACUGUCGACGUCCAAUAUUAUUUUCUCUUUUCUACCUGCGAUUAUCGAGGUAGUUUUUUUUUUUAUGAAAAAUCGAAAAUAUUAAAGCGCGUGACCCGUUGAAUUGCCUACCAAAUCUCGUCGAUUGAUUAAAAAAAAAAUUAAUCACAAACAACAAAAAUGCCUUGUGUCGUAUGAUAGCAAAUAGUCGACAAAUAAACGAACAAAAAUUCGAUCGCGAAAAACAUUGAAUUUUUCAAAAACGUUUCGCGUAAUAUUUUCCGAUUUAUACGAAUAGGACUUUUUUGGCUCUAUGUAAUAUAAACAUUUUCAAAUAUUUGAAACGUAAAACUGACAAUUAUUAUAACUGUGUAGUUACAAAUUAAAGUACAGUUUUAAACUGUAGCUUACGUAUCAAAACAUAAUAUUAAACUGAAUUUCGCCCAGAACCGUUUUCCGUUGCCUAGCAAUGAUUAAUUAAUGCAUACAGAUAUGUACAUGCAGAGUGGUUAUAAUUUUUUGUUAUAGCACAAUUUUUUCCUAUAAAUAUACAAAAUAAAGAAAAAUAUAUAAUAAAAAAGUUUUUCGAUUCAUAAACACGUAAAAUAAUUAUUUUUGUGUAUAUUUCGUUUUACUGUCUUUUUUUUGGUGGGGGGAGGUUGGAGUAGACUUUUUAAAUUCAAACGGGACCCUUUUUUCGAAAUUUCAAAACUAGAUGCAGUAUUAGUGUACAUAAAUUUCGGUAUUGACAUUUUUGUUUUCCGUCGACUCGUUGACGAGAUAUUCCACUUUGAGUUAAUAAUAUAAAUUACGAGUACCCUCCCACCUACCAAAAUUAUUUUCUGGCCUCUGAACACUGUUCAUACUAUUAUUGUUGAAAAAUAAGUCGUAUGUAAAUCCGAUUGGAUCGGCAUGUCUAAAUGUGACCACGCAUUUUAAAACGCGUGUUACGCCAUGUUUGUAUGCGUAUAAUAGGUUAUUAAGAAGCGCGGUAAAAAAAAAAAUAAUAAUAAUAAUAAAAACAGCAUGCAACAUGUCGGCGGACUUCUAUUAUUCUUCUUCUUAUAAACGCCUGCUGUCAAUAAAAAUACGAGUGUACCUGCCUUCCACAAGACGUUUAGCUAUUAUUUACCCGAACGCAAUGGGCCUACACACUUCAUCUCGUCUUCUACAGCGGUGUAUACCUAUAGGUAUUAAAAUAGUAUAAUAUAUCCAUUAUAUUAAUUAUAUUAGAAAUCUGCUUUAGGCUACAACAUUCGAGGACGUACGCGUCAUAAUAAUACAUAUAAUUAUUGCGUUUUACGUAAAAUAAACACGUGGCAAUAAUAGCUAGCGGUGGCCGCUCAGAGAACUCUAAGAAAAUACGUUUUUAUAAUAUGAUCGCGUUGAAGAAACACAAGGAAUGGUUUCAGUGAGACGUGUAACCGUGAAUAAUAUAUAGGAAAUCAACGCAUAUUACAGGGAGUCACUAAACGAUAUUGAACUUGAAAACAAAUAGAAAAAAUAGACUCAUAAAAUGUUUAAUACAAAAUGAACAUUAAGCCAACGAAGUGAAACAUUAUAUUAUUAUGAAAUUAAUUUAAUAACUGAUCGAAAAUUCCGUAGGCAUAUUUCGAAUAUCAGAAAAAGCUAAUCGAGGGUUCUUCGGAGUUUGGAUGGGAAUCUAUGUGUAGUACAGAACGUGCAGUUGUUUUUGUUAAUCUGAAUCUCCAUAUUCAGUUUGUUUUGUUGGUUUUUUGAGUUACUUUGGUGUGACACAGCUAAUUUAGUUUUCACGGGACAGUAAUAAGUAUAACAAUGGUGAAAUGUCAUUUGAUUCUGAAUGAAGUUCCGUUAAACAUGUUUUGAAAUACCCUGAUUUUAACGAUUUUUGUCAAAAUUUGAGCUUAAAAUGCUUAUUAAAAAAAAAUGUGACUGAUGAUGAACGGUCUCUCCUAAACUAAAUUUAAAGAAGACCACAUUUUCGAAAGUUUCAAGGAGCUUUUUUUAAAAAAAAAAUGUAUACAAAAAAUUACAGCCCGUGACUCAAUAUAAAGCUCAAAAUUAAAUUUUAAAAUAUUAAUAUUAUUAUGUAUAGUCAUUUUGCUUCUUAGAGUAAUGAUGAAUAUUGUUUGGUAUAACAAUAGAAGAGCGCGAGUACAAUCUAUAGUAACGUAAAAUGUAUGCACUUAGAAAAAACUAUAGUGGGUAGUAAAAGAAGAAUCGUAUUCGACGGAGGUAAACCGUUGAAGUUUGAAUAUGAUUUAAUGAAUUUGUAAAAAUAUCAACAGAUUUAGGGGCGGGGGGGAUUAACCCCCGAAAACAACCCCAGGUAAGACAUUAAAGGGAGAGGGGUGUUUAAAAAUUGACGCCACUGGACGCAAAACGGCUUAACAUGGCCGUGGAUUCACUCGUCGAUCAGACAUGACACUGACAGUAUAUUCACUAGUCGAUCAGACAUGACACUGACAGUAUAUUCACUAGUACUGAACAAUACCGACCUAGAAUCUAAAUUCAGAUUCAAUCCGUUUAAUCCGGAUUUCGGAUCCAGUACGUAGAUCUCGAUGUUAGAUCCAAUCCGGCUACACUGUUUUUGAGAUAAUCAGCUAUUUUUUUAUUAAUAUCUAUAAUAUACAUGUAUGUACAGAUUCUAUACAAUACGAAUAUGCGAUCUCAGAUCUAUCGCCAAUCGACUCAAUGUGAUAUGGCCCCUAACAACACAUAUGCCAGGGUUUUCGAGUUUUUCACGAUUUCUCAACGUAUGAUAUAUAGUAGUCCAGAGAAACUUAAGUAGUGACUUACAGUAAAUACACAUUUUGUGGGUAAUUAAAAAAAUUUAGAUAAGAAAAAAAAAAUUAUAAAUAAAGUAAUAAUUGUUUUUAAACACUAUAGUCCGGAUAUCCGGAUUUAUAACAUAAUCCGCAUAUCCGGAGUAAUAUUCAUAAUCCGGAUUAAAAGUAACAGUCUGGAUUGAACGGAUUGUGACGUUUGUCUCAAUUGGCGAAUCGAUCCGAAUUUGGUGCUCAGCGCUAUAGUAUAUUGUACACGUCCUCUCGUAAUAUAACGAAACGGCGGCAACACAUUAUUAUCGGGCGGACGAGGACGCGCGGCUGCUGCGGGACCCGUAAAAAUGUGUCGGCCGACUUCGAAGGCGGUAGCGGCGCGGCGGGACAAUAGUCUUCGGAUAUUAUCGGACGAGUACCCAUAUAACAUUAUAAUGUACACGUAUAUAUAUAUAUAUAUAUUAUUAUGUUAUUGCGUUCUGUGGCGGUGAUAAAUUCACAACCGUCUCUGUCGUCGGUACGCAGACCGCGGCGACAAUACGAAAGAAAAAAAAGAAAAAGAAAAAACGAGAGAGCGAAAGGGACUGCGUUUCUAAUAUUGUUGUACACGGAAAAUGGGCGAAAAAAAAACACACUGUCGCUACUGCUGCUGCUGCCGCUGCCGCUGCCGCUGCUGCCCGCGCAUACCGCGGCGCAUCUCUCUCCGGUUUUUGACAAUGUAAUAAUAAUUUCGGAGUUGAAUAGAUAAAAACUGCCGAGUUAUGUGCGCUGAUUGCCCGCCGUAUAUAUUAUUAUUAUUAUUAUUAUUGUACGGGCGUCCCCCGCUGAGGUACUCCGUAUAUACGCGUAUGUGCGCGGUGUCAAUGGAGACCGCACAAACAUUCACGCCUUUAUUAUACUGUACGUAUUUUACCGGGGUGAUUUAUACGCCGGGGACGUCUGCGGCCGGCCGCCGACACGCUGCCGCAGAGGCGCGCGAAACAUCUGUCCCUCCGCUCCCCUCCACCCGUUCUCCACCCGUGCAUGAUAUACGCGCGCGAAUGUGUGUAAUAUAACAAAACAACGUAGUUCUGCGUUUAUUUAUUUUUUUUAUUUUUUUUUUUCUAGGGGGAGGAGCAGCAGCAGGGGAGAAAGACGCGCUCUCUUCUCUCUCUCUCUCUCUCUCUCUCUCUCUCUCUCGCGGCGUCGCGCUAUCGAAUUAUAAUGACGCGCACGGUCUCCGGCAUUGUAACAACGCGCGUGUGCGGUACCCCGUAUACGAAAUCCGUCCGCGGAAUCCGGCGCCUCCCGACCGGAAAACCCUCGCGACCACCGACUCUUCGCGGACACGUCCUCCGCGUGUUUUCAUUAUAUUGUUAUUACACACGGCUCUAUUUAUUAUUCUACGCGGUAUUACGUGUUAUUGUAUCGCCGCCGCCGGUCUCGCCUAUUGCACCUUUGCCCCCGCGACGUCGUUGAAAACGGGGUCGCGUUUUGUGCGGACGCGCGUUGCAUUUAAAAUCCAGCAUUCGCCGCAGUGCCGCGUGCCCGGCGCAUACGUGACACCCGGUGCCGGAAACAUUUAACGAUGAGGGGACGAGGGACGGGGAGAGUGCGCGCUGUUAUCAAACGUGUUGCCGAUUGGGGGGGGGGAGGGCAGAGCGGUCGAAAUCCGUGACGUUAUAAUAACGUAAUGUACCGCGUUUACGUUGCGGCGGUGCGCGUUAACCCGAUUGGCGCAUGUCUAGCUAAACUUACACGAAUACGUUUUGAAAAGUUCGUCCGGUUUGUCGAAUCGGAUUAACUCUAGUGUUGCGAAAUGUUAGCAGAUUAACAUUGUUGUCGGGAACUGAAUGCCAAAUUGUACAGUGUACACGUAUAUAUGCAUAUGUGUCGUAUUAUAUGAUUUGAUAAAUUGCAUGUUACAAUAAUAUAUAUUGUGUAUUUGUACACAUUUUAUUGUAAAACAAAUUGUUUAAGCAAUUUUAAACUUAGACGUCAUAGUAGUGUGGAUAUUUAUUAUUACGUGACUACUCGAUUUCGGCAUUGCGCCAUCAUUGUCGCAUUCACACGUCUUCGAAAUUUGAAAUUGUUUAAACAAUUUGUUUUACUAUUAAUACAUAAAGAUGUGUAAUAUUAUGAUCUCAAAUGUCCAUUUUAUACGAGUUAAAUCCUAGUAUUUCAAAUGCACUUCAUAAAUCUGGGAUCUAACGCGUAAUAAUACGCAUUAACUAAGACUAUUUACUGCGUAUUAAUUUAAUACAGACUAACCCGGUGUACCAACUAAUUUACACAUUUAUAAUACAUAUAUUUAAGUUUUAUCGUAAUGUGUUGUUUUUUACCUGUUUGUGGACUAAAAAAAUAUCAUCAACAACUAAGAGGUGUUUUCCAAUAUUAAUUUCUAUCUAGUUGAUGCGUUGCAGCUGGGAAGUCGUUAUUUGAUAUUCCUUAUAUAGUUUAUUUUUUAAAUCAAAAUUUAUGUUAAAAUUCGUAAAAUAUAAAAACACAAACAAAUAAUUAUUGUAAUUUGUAGUUACAAAUUAUAAUACAAUCUUAUCAAUAUAUAUGGUAACCGAAUUGAUGGUAUCUAUCAAUAUAAAUCUAUCAAUAAAUGUUUAACCGCUCGGAAAAUCGCGUACGUAUAUUUACUACGUCAUUAUAGCAUAUAAUUGUUAUUAUUCUAUGUAUAAAAAUAUUUUUAAAAAAAAUAAAUCACCAUACAUUUCUUGACGUUAUAACACGUUAUUUAAUACAUUAUUUUAAUACGAGUAACUACUAUCGCAACAAUAAACAGUUAAAUAUAUCCCUGGUGGCUGAAAAGCUGUUAUAAUUUAUAAACAAUAGUAAUUAAUUUGAUUUUUAUCUACUUUAGUUUUUCAUGAUGGGAACACAUUAUUUCCGAUAUUUUCAAUUUCUUGUGCCGUAUACCACACUCGUUAAUAAUAUACGAACAUACAGGUGGUAUAAUCAAAGAAAAUAAUAAUGAAUACUAACGGUAUUGUUGAAUUUUUCAACAAAUUUCUCGUUUUAAAUGCACUUAUAUCGGAUAAAUAAUAUUUUAUUACGAUAAUUCAAAUUUAAUACAAAUAAAAUCAAUUAUUUUCUAUUAUAUAUGUAAUUUUAUGUUGAUUUUUUUUUUAUUGUAAUCGACAAAUUAUAAUGGUUAUUAGAUAGAUAUUAUGACUGCAUUUCAGACAUAUGUAUACAUCAUAUUAUAUUAUUUUUUCUUAAACUCAAGUUGUCAUAAUAAAUAUAAUUGAAAUAUGAUAACUGAUAAAAUAUUUAUAAAAUUGAAAACAAAUCGUUAUUAAUCAUCGUUACGAUAAAUCUCUUCCCAUGCUAUGUAUUGUAGUACAACAAUUUACAUAUAUUUGAUAUAAUAUACUACUAAAAUUAUUCUCAAAGUAAACAUUAGUAAUGUAUUAAAAUAUUAAAGUAACGGUCCGGGUCUAACAUUUAGCCUUGUCUACAUUGCGGUUGAUCUCUAUACUGUUUUUCCUAUUUCCCGAUCGACAUCCACGAGUUUCGACGUUUAAAAUACAAAAUGUAAAAUUUGAAUGCCACGAAAAUCCGUCUGAAUGUCCUUCUGAGCACGAACAUUAUAUUAUAUACGAAUUUUCGAAUAACCUAUACCCGUAUUAUAAAAAUGGGCACAAUAUUUUAAAUGAAGGAAAAGCAAGUUGACGUUGACAAAUGGCCGCUAGACCACACGGACGUGACCAAAACCCCGCCGUCUUAUAUUAGUGCCCAGGUGCCUGCCUCGAAAUUUAUUAAAAUAUCGUAAUUUGAUUACUGUAGGCUGUCUUUCGUGCAGAGAUUAAAUACACAUAUAGUAUUGUUUAGACUUCGGUUGACUAUUGCAAAAUGCGGUGAAAUAAUAAAAUAUAAUUAUUUAUUAUGGUUAAUUUGGUGUUUUGGCGAGUAAAUUUACACACAAAUUAAAAACUGAAAUCACUUUUGUAAAUAUACAGAGUGUAAUAUACGUAUAUUAUGUGCAUAAUACGUCGCCGCGAAGUCUAUCGUUAUUUCGAGAAAUAUAAUUGACACCGACUUCCGAUCCAAUAUCGCAUUGAUUUCCAUGGCCUUUGUAUUUUUUCGUCUGCGGAGUCCCUCAAAAAGAAAUGCUCUAGAGGCCGUCGGUGCGCCAGGCUGACACCGGCUUGACCCCAAAAUUGAAAAAUAUUGAAAUUACGCCACGAUUUUUAUUUUUAUUCGUUUUUUUUAUAAAAAACGACUUCGGUUAAAGUUAUUAUAAUCGUUAAUAAUAUUUAUUGACGGCACAGUUCAGAUGGUACCCACGUUAACAUUUAAUUGACUAGUAGUAAUAAUAAAGAUUUAUUUAAAUGAAUAAAGGUAGAAAAUGAAACCGAGAUCAGAAGCGUUGAUUUCACAAAAUUAUCAUCGAUAACCGCAUAUAUAUAUAUAUAAAUAUAGGUACCUUUAUAAAUAAUUAUACGAGUAUAUUCAUUGUUACUGCAGGGGAAUCUCACGAUGCGUUUGAUAAAUUGAAAAAAAAAUAAAUACACAAUAAAAUAAUUCUUAAUGGUUAGUACUUACAAUGACGCUCAACCUUGAUGACAAGUCCGACAGUAUUUUUUGUGUGGGCGAGGUGAAAUUGUGCAUGUUGAGUGGUUUUAAUUUUUAUCGCAUUUUCGUACGUUAAAGAAUAGGGUAAUAUAUAUGCCUAUAGCCGUUAGUUAAACCGCAUUGUUUAUUUUUAUCGUGUGAUGGAAUAAUAGGAUAGUGUCGUUGACUAUUGUGUGGCACCUACCUACGUCUAAUUAUGAAUACGAAAAUUGCCGCUGUGGUAAGUGUUGUUUUUUUCUGAUUCCGGGGGAAGGAGGGAGGGGUGAACCGACUUUACCGCGGGAUUCCAAUUUUAACGUUCGUUCAAUUAUUAUUUCACUCGGUAGAUUGGUCUACUUUUAGAUUUUAGAUUCUGGGUGGAACGAGGAAUGUAUUGGUAUUACAAUGAUGUUUAAUUUUUGAAAAUUCUACCAGGAAUCUUGCUCCAUAAUAUCAAUCAGUUACUACCUUUUUUUGAAAGUAAAUUAUUAUGGAGGUUAUUUUUUAAUUUAUUCGUGAGUUUUCCCAAAAAAUGGGAAAAAUCAGGAAUAACGUAGGAAAACGGGAAAAUGUAUGAAAUGUACAAUUUAAUAAAAUUCGUUAAUAACACAGCCUUUUUUUUCUGUGAACAACUUUUCUACCUUAAAUUUUACUCCAAUUUUGAAUAGUGUAACACAUUUUUCGAAAGUAAAUUUUUCUGGGGUGUUACUAUUGAGAGUCAUUUUUUGAUUUGCCCAGGGGUUUUAAUAAUAAAUGGGAAAAAAGUUAAGAAAAACGGUAAAAUAUACGAAAAAAUGUUUUUAUUAUAAUUACGUAGUAAAAUUUUCAAAACAUUUAAGCCAUUAUUAAGCUAUUAGACAUUUAAAUUUUGCAAGUAUUUUAAUGUGGUUCAUAUAUCUUCUUCUUUUUAUUUUUAAUAUAAAAUUUUGACGAAAAUCCUAAAUAUUACGGCGUUUUAAAUAUGUAUAACUGAACUCCGCUCUGAAUCGUUUUUCGUUAGCAAAGAUUAAUCGUUUCGUGCAGAUAUACGUUAAAUUUUCCUCUAUAUUCCACAUUUUUAUUUUUAUAUGUAUCUAUGUGACUGUUAACAAGUUCUCGGCUAAAAACUUUUAACGAAAUCAGAAACGGUUUUUGGCGGAACAUAUUGUCUGAUUGGUGCGUCGGAUAAAUCGGUUUUUGAUUUUCUUCUUAUUUUUUUUUUUCUUAUUAUGAUGGAAAACGCCGGAAAACGGCAAUGUUAACACAAUAAGCCAAAUAACGGUAUCUGUGGAUUUCAAUUUUUGUUUUUGAUUUGGGGUUUUUUGAGUUAUAGAUUAUAUUAUUUUUAUCAGUGUUACGAGUUCAGUGUUUUGUUGAAUAUUCGGCAAAAAAAAAAAAAACAUUUACUAUUGUUUAUUUAUUUCGUGGUUACAAAUAAUUAAUACAAUGUUUCACAUUGAAAUGUAUCCGGGAAAACCUUUUAACCGAAUUCCGAUCAGAAUUGUUUUUCGCGUUCACAAUGAUCUAUCGUUCCGUAAAGUUGUAUUAUUAUUAUUAUUAUUAUUGUAUAUGAUUAUUAUUUUAUCGAAAAUAUAUAUCGAAAAAUCGCCGUAUUACGUUUGAAUUGUAAAUUUUAUUUUUCAUUAAUCGAUUAUUGUAUAGGUUUGGUGCGAGGUGAAGGCGGCGCUGUUGGAUUUGAGCGCGUUCUGGGACAAGGAGUUACCGGAGAGCCCGCGGCCCGCGAUCGUCCCGAGAUUGAACUCGAAUCCCGACUACACGACCAUGUUGGUCGAGGAAUGGGGCGUGCUGACCACGUACUACAGGUUUCUAAAAGACUGGCGGCGCAUCAGCCGGGACAUGGUCCACGACCAGAUGGACCCGUGGCCGGUCGUUCCGGGCGCCGCCGCUUCCGGCCGCGGCAGCGCCGGCGCCGCGAUCCCGCCGAUCCGCCGGACCUCGCCCGUGCCGUGCAUCAGGCACAGGCACCGCCCGUCCAGGUCCAGGAGACGCAAAUCGUCGGAUUCCGUCACGUAGUCGCCGUCGUCGUUGUCGUCGGGUUCGGCCAUUAGCACCAUACGUUUUUUUUUUCUAAUUAAUUUAAUUUGUUUGUAUUUUUUUUUUCGCGUUUACAACGGUUUAUUAAUACGUAAUUGUUCGUGUAUUGCAUAUUAUAUUAUCAUUGUGAAAUAUCGAUCUGGUUCGGCGGUGCAGCGACGUGUGCAACGACGUGUGCGACGACAAAUAGAUCAAGGAAAUACUAUAUACCUACAUACACAAUAGACUCGCUACGCGGUACCUAUGCAACGACGUAUUGGUUAUUUAUUUAUAAUUCUAAGAUUGUAUAUCGCAAGCCCGCGCCGAUGUUGUAUUGUGUCAGUAUUAGACAUCACGAUCUGUAUAGACGAUUAUACAUUAUUAAAAUAUCGUGUUACUAUUACGGAUAAUUUUAUUGUAAAUAUUCUAUACCCACCUGUCAGGGCGUGUACCUUAGUUACGGAAGUUCGACAAAUUCGAUUUUAUUCGUUAAUUAACUUAUUAAUAAAGUUCAGUGUAAUGUUGAAAUAUUGAUAAAUGUACCUACACGUAUUUAGUACGAUCGGACAACGUUGUCCGGUGCCGAAAUGGACUCAAACUUUCGGUAUUUUUUUUUUAUCUCUAUAACUAAGGAACGCUCUAAUACCUAUUAAACAUGGAUCUUUCGAAUUUUACGUAACAGUCGCUUUGACGGUAAAUUACAUAAUAUUUUUUUCAAAAACAAAAAAAAAAAAAAAAAAAUGACUAUUAUGUAAAAGAACUUUUAACGGAAUCGUUUUUAUUCUAUAAAAUUACAUUGUCCUUAUUUUGCUCACUCAUGUUUUUGGAGGUGAAACUACUAGUGCAUUUAGAUUUUCAAAUAGGGCGCCACAAUGUUAACGGAAAUUGCAACACCGCAAUUACGUUUAAACUAAAAAGUAUUUAUGGAAUUUCCAACACGAUAUAUGUAUUUCCGUUUGAAAAUCAAAAUGUGCUGGUUUUACGCCCAAAUAUAAGGGUGAAAAACUAAGAGCAACGUAUAACACUUUAGAACGAUUAUGAAAAGUUUUCACGUAGUAAGGUCAUGUUUUUUUUUUUUUUUUUUUAAAAAAAUUACGUAUUUUAUUGUGAAAUUAACUGUAAUAUAGAAUUUGAAAAACCCUGUAUAUAUAUAUAUUCAUAAAUAAUAUAUGCUGUAACACGGAGCGGAAUGACUGAGAAUGCCGUGAAUUACGACGGCUUUUACAUUAUGUAGUUAUAGGAUAUCGAAAAUUAUUGUGAUGUGUAUUGAUAAUACUGAUGAAUAUUCUACAGUUAGUAAAUUUCGUUACCUGUAUUGCGGUCGAAUGGAAUGAAAACGGUAAUAUUUUAAUGACGAUGUGCAGCUACAAUCAUUCUGCUCCAUAUUGUACUGUGUGUAUAAAUUAUAAUACAUAAUAUGAUCAACAAAUACGAACAGACUGUCUUUUUAUAUUCUAAAUAAUAAUAUAUUAUAUUAAAUUUAAUGUGUGUAAAUAU